CAGAGGCAAAUUAUGGGUAAUCGGGAAGCAACAUGGGAAGAGCGAAUUUGAAUAGAAACAUCACAGUACAAAACGUUCAAAUCAGAGAGUCAGCUGGUGAUACAUGUACGCUUGUCAUCUAAGAGGCUGCUAAAAUUCAUCACUGAAACGCUGCGAAGAAGCCAGCAACUCCAAUGCCGAGCAGCGGCGCAGCCAACUACGAUGACUUCCGGUGGGAAUAGAAGUGCAGUAAACGAGUUUUUUUCAGCCAGUAAUGGAGCCAAGGGAGAAAACAGAUUGGAAGAAUACGCAAACGGAGUUGAGGGAAGAUAUUUCGAGAUUGCCACAACUUCUGCAUGAACCUGAUGCAGAGAACCUAGAAUUUCAAAGAAAAAAUCAAACAGUGCUGGAAAGGCUUUCUCUUACAAAUGAUUCUUUGCAUUCACACAACAUGAGGCAUCGAGAUACUGAGAAGCUGGAAUUAAAACGAAAGGUGCGAGAUUUCAAGGAGAAGGAUAAAAGGCAGUCUUUGGUCUUCCAGAACAUGCACAGCAUGUUGGCUCCAUAUAAAGCUCAAUAUGCAAGGCGGGGGCAGCAGGCAAUGUUGCUAAAACAGAAAAAGGAGUUUGUAAUUCAUGAUGAACAUAGCAGUGUUGACAGUUCUAUCAUCAAGACUGAAGCCCAGGAGCAGAGAUGCAAUGCACCAACAAAAUCAGGCCCUGCUAUGGAAAGUUGUGAAAGCUUUCUGCUGGAAGAACUGAUUACUGAUUGGAGAGGGGAACUUGAUGAGUUUAAGUGCAAGGAAGAAAAAUGGGAAAAGGAGCGAGAGUUACUAAAAUUCUGUAUUAAUGGAGAACGUGGUCGUCUCAACCAUCUUUGGAAAAAAGUGUCAAGCUUCAGAAGAUGCUUUGACGCAAUGAAAACAUCAACCAGCAGAGAUCUAUGCCAAUUUCAGAAUGAACUGAAUAACUUUUCUACAUCCCUGAUGUCAAAUGUUGGAAUUUUAUUCUCCACAUUUUAUUCAAUACCCCACAAUUAUUCUCCAAUUUCUUCAUCUUUCUCUUCUCAAACUCCUUUUGCAAGCAACAAAUCGACUAAUGAAACUCAAAAGAAGGUUGGAGAAGACAACAAAUGGCUUAUUGAGAAGUCUGCCCUAGAAACAAGGAUUGCAGACCUUUCAAAUUCCCUUCAGGUUGUGACAAAUGAGAGAGAUGAUUUGAUAGUGCAAGGACAGAAAAGAGAGGAAGAGAGAGAUAAAGAAAUGAAUCUUGUCCGUGAAGCUGUGGAAAAGCUGGGUGCUAUUGCUUGUCAGCAGUUUAUUGAUGAACAAGGACUUCGUGAUACCCUUGCAAGUUCUGUUAUGGGGUUGUCAUCUUUGCUUAAUUACAUCGCAGAAAUUCAAAAUAUUAUCCAUAAAAGAAACCAGAAGAUGCAGGAAAUAGGAAAGACUGUGAAUAACCACAUUAGCAGAGACUUUAAAAAGGCAUUGAUACAGUUUCGUUUGGAGGAACAAGAGAGACAGCCCAGAGUAUCAGAACCUGAAUCACUUGACAGUACUGAUGUUCAAACCACGAGUGAAAAUUCAUUCUACUGCCUGCCAAGUCCAGAUUCAGCAUCCAGUGAGGCAACAGUCCCUCUUUAUUCCCAUCCAGUAGUCAAGACUGAGUUCCAAAACAUUACUCCAGAGACCUGGGACAAUCCUGAAGUGCUCUCUCCUGAACAGUCUAAUCAGUCCUUCAGCAAAAGAUCAUCUGCUCAGUUAAGUGAAGAGAAGCAAAAGAUAGAAUUUUUCACUGUACAGAGGGCACGUGAUGGGGCUGAAAUGGAAAGAGAUAUGAUCAAAAUAGAAAGAGAUCAUUUACAAAGCAAUUUGAAACGGGCUAAUGACACAAUCCAUGAACUAUCCAUUACUUGUAACCAAUUAAAAAUGGAGCUGGACAAGGAGAAAAAUGCGGUUGCCAAAAUUAGUGAGCUGAAUGAAGCAUUAGCAGUGGACAAGCAGGCCCUUAACUCCAGUAUUUUGCAGCUUGAGAUGGAACUGCAUCAGAUGAGGUCACAUGUAGAACAUCUGGAACAUGACAGUGUCCCUGUGCGCAAGGCUUUGAAAACUGCAAUCUUAGAACAAACAGAACUAAAACAUAUGAAUAGCCAACUUCUUGCUUCACUGACUGAAACUGCAGAGAAUGAGAAAAAGAUGGAAGAAAAAGCAACAGCAAUAAAAAUGAAGGAUACUGGUCAAUUGAAACAGGCAUCUCUUCUUCAUAAUUCUGCAACAAAAGAGGUUAAUGUAGUUCAUCAAAAGCAACAUCUGGCUAUAGAAUAUCUAAAAAGUGCUGAAGAGGAGAAGGAUGCUCUUCUCAGACAACUAGAGACUCUUGAAAUUGAGAUGCAACAACUGAAGAAUGAUAAGGAGUCUGUGGAAACAGAAAGAAACACAAUGAGAUCACUAUAUGAAACAAUGAAACAAAAAGUUUUGAAAACUGAUAUGAAGAAUAAGGAUCUUGAAACUGUCCAAACUCAGCUGGAGGUCAAAGUGCAGACUUUACAGGAGGCAAAUGAGGUUUUCAAAGGUGAAAUUAACUGUGUACGUACAGAGUUGUCAAUGGAAAUUUCUCGGCUCAAAUCAGAGGAAAGCAGACUACUGGAGGAAAAAGAAUCUGAGAGUGCAAAAGCAAAAUCUGAAGUAGACAGGCUGAUUGGUGAAUUAGCCAGUCUACAUCAGGAACUCAGCAUUGCUGAGCAGAAAAACAAAGAAGAGUCAUGUGAGUGGAAGACAGAGCUGCAAAAUCAAGAAAAUGAAAAAGCUCAAUGGCAACAGGAAAGAGAGUCUUUGAACACAGAACUGGGUGAGAAGGACGGAGAGCUGAAAAAGUUGAAAACAAGAACCGACGCUCUGUUACAAGAAAAAGAGGAUUUGAACAAGUUAAUAGCACAGAAGAAUGAGGAGAUAGAAUCACUUAAUGAAAACAUAAAACUAGGAAAAGAAAAUCUCAGAGAUAGGUCUGUCGAAAUUGAAAUCCUAAAAGGGAGAGUGGAAGACCUGAUAAAGGAAAGUGAUUUACAGAAGAAGAAAGAUGAAGAAGAAAUAAACAGGCUUAAAGAUCUGGUCCAAGGCUUGGAAAAGAAAAGUGAAGAAUAUAUUAUUAACAUGAAAACCAAGGAUUCUGAAUUGAAAGAAAAAUAUGCAGAGUUUGAAAAAUGUACUGAAAAAAAUGAGAAGCUAUUGAAAUGUAAAGAUGAAAUUGAUUCAUCGGUUAAAGCAAAGGUAGUUGAGAUUGACAGGCUCAAUAAUUACAUUGUGGUAUUAGAAAAAGAAAAAAAAGAAACAGACCAGCGCCAUUCAGAAAUGGUAAAAGAAGAGACAGAAAGAAUGGAAGAGAAAUACAGAGAUGACCUGAAUCAUAGGACCAUUGAUUUUGAGAAUCAGAAAAGAGACUUAUUGAAAAAGCACCAGGCAAGCCUUGAAAUUAAAGAUGCUGAGAUAAAAAGACUUGGCAGCAUUGUACUCACACUAGAAAGAAAAGGAGAAGAACUUGAUAUGAGUGUGAAAGCUGAGAGCACCAAGAGUGAAAAAACUGCUGGAGAAAAUAAAAGAGAUGCAUCAAACAGAGGAAAGGCUAAACGCAGAGCUUCAAAGAAUAAAAAUAAUGGAUCAAAAUUUGCAGCAUGAAAACAAUAAUAAGAUCAAUGAAUUAAGCAAAACGGAAGAACUACUGAUGACUUUGAAAGAAGAGAAAUAUAAUUUGACUGCAAAAGUGAAUGAUUUAAACAAAGAAGCAGAAGAUCAGACUAAACUGCAUAGGAGGAAAG